GUAGGUCCGGUUACUGUUGUUUCCAGCAAAAAGAGAAGAAUUACAUUUAUGGAAUGUAACAAUGAUAUCAACUGCAUGAUAGAUAUAGCAAAAGUGGCAGAUUUGGUUUUGCUCCUAAUAGAUGGCUCCUUUGGUUUUGAAAUGGAAAUCUUUGAAUUUUUGAAUAUCUGUCAGGUGCACGGAAUGCCCAGGAUCAUGGGUGUUUUAACUCAUUUAGAUUUAAUAAAAAAUGCGAAACAAUUAAAAAGGACUAAGAAAACGUUGAAACAUAGAUUUUGGACCGAAGUUUAUGCUGGAGCAAAGUUGUUCUAUUUAUCCGGGAUGCUUCAUGGAGAAUAUUUACGAACAGAGGUAAAAAACUUGGCUAGGUUCGUAUCUGUGAUGAAGUUCAGGCCUCUGACUUGGCGUGGUACGCAUCCGUAUAUUUUGGCGGAUAGAGUGGAAGACUUAACACCUCCGGAGUCAAUAAGACAAAAUCCAAAAACUGAUAGAACUAUAAGUUUGUAUGGGUAUGUGAGGGGAGUUCCUUUAAUCAAGGAAACGUCUAUACACAUUCCUGGAUGUGGUGAUCUGAAAAUUAAAGAUCUCAGUUUUCUUCCGGAUCCCUGCCCUCUGCCAGAGGCGCUAAAAAAACGUGCAUUGGUAGAAAAGGAACGUUUGAUCUACGCACCUUUCUCAGGCGUGGGUGGGAUAGUUUAUGACAAGGACGCCGUUUAUGUAGAGUUGGGUGGCAGCCAUUCUCACAAGGAGGAGGAUACAGGUUUGGUUGGAGCUCUGAUGGAUACUCGGCAAACCCUUGAUCAAAAAUUACAACAUAGCGAGCUGCAGCUGUUCAGCGAUUCUGCUCCGAUUAAGGCAAAGGACGUCGAGGAAGCUCUUGGCGAUUACGUUGGCGAAACCGUGAUCGACAACGGUCGGGUUAGAAGAAAAGUUGUCUUCCCUGAUUCGCAGGACAGCGAGGAAAGUGACAAUGAACUGGACGACGAAGAUAAAAACGUCAGUACGGACAGUGACGAAUUGAAAGAAGAAAGCGAGAACGAGGAGGCAUCGAAUGGAAACGGUGUAAAAAGAAAAAAGAAUAUUGUCGGAUCUAGAAUGAUGGAGCGGAAGAAGAGAAAGAGUUCGUCGAACGAUUCAGACUCGGACGACAAUAUAGACAAGGAGAAACAUAAGUCUGCGGUCGUUAAUGAACAGACAGACGCGUCAGGUAACACGGAAGUUUAUCAUUCGACGAGUAAAGAGUCUGAUAUAAAAAUCAAGAAUAAAAUCACGGAAGCGCUCGAUUCUUUGAUUAGCACGAGCAAAUGUAACAAACAAUCGAACAGCGACAGCGAGAACGAUAGCUUUGACGAACUUAGCGACGAAGAUUCGCGCGCUGGACUCGAGAGAGACGGGGACGAAGAUGAGGAAAGCGCAACGAAUCUGUCUCAACAUGGAUCAUCGCAGGAGGACCUAACCGAUGAUGAUGAUACCGCGGUAGAGGACGACGAGAGCGAGAAGGUUGUGGACGAAUUAAAGUGGAAAACAAAUUUGUCCGAGAAAGCUAAGAACGCGUUCGAGGACCGUCAACGAGAUAACAAGAACUUGAUGAAGUUAGUGUACGGAGUGGUCGACAAGAGGAAUCUCGUUGAAGAAAUGCAGGAUGGGGAAGAAAAGGAAGAGAAAGAGGCCGCGGUGGAGGACCAGGAGAACGAGAUCGGCGGCAUUUUCCGUGUGGUGCAAGAGCAGCAGAAGCGUAAGAUCCAAGAGCGAGAGCUGCAGAAUCAAGAGGAAUGCGUGUUCUUUUCGAAAGAACCACGAGAUUGGUUGGAAGAGGAGAACAAAUUGCUCGUCGUGAACCGUUUCGUAACGGGAAAAUGGAAGGAAUCGGAGGACGCGGAAGAGCUAUUGAAAUUAGACGACUUGGACGAUGAUGUCUACGGAGAUUUCGAGGACCUGGAAACUGGGGAGAAACACGAGACUAAAGCACCGAAGGAGUCGACGAAGGACGAUAUCGAGGAGAAGAAGAAUCUUCUAGAGAAGAAGAGAAAGUUGAAAGAGCAGUUCGACAUGGAAUAUGACAACGGUGAGACGAAAACUUAUUACGACGACCUCAAGUCGGAGGUGGAGAGACAGGCGAACUUGAACAAGUCGGAAUUCGAUGGAGUAGAGGACACUGUGCGGGUUCAGUUGGAAGGAUAUCGUCCUGGU